CUCGAUUGGGAGACUGAGCUGCAUGACGUCGUCAGAUUGGAGAACAUCUGCCUCCGUGAAGACGAGGAUGAGCUGAGUUUUGUAUACGAGGUGGUCAACAGGUUGCUCAAGCACGCCUCUCCCACUGGCCAUGCCGUAGAGACCUCCGACACUCAGCAUGCGUCUCGCAACGCGGAUUUUCUGAAGACCCUCUUUGAAGACGAGGGCAACCAGGUCGCCUUUCUCCAAAAGUCGUCUCUGUUUGAGAGAGUCUACAGAACCCAGCAUCACCAAUUACCCCCUACGGUCUUAAACGAGGCACAGCGCCAGCAGAGCGCAAAGCUGCACUGCUUAUACGGCAGGCCAAUCCUCAAGACCGGAAGACUGCGGUCUGCAAGAACUUACCCUUAUGCCUGCUCCAAGGUCUAUGAUAUUCGGGAAUACACCGAUGAGUCUCGAUGGGGUCCCUUUAUGGACGAUGGGAGCGACAAUGUAGACUGGGAGAAAGUCGAGGCCAUCCAGAUCGUUCUUGGUAACAACAUUUACGUCAAGAAGCUCACUCGGCUGUUUAGCGAUAUCUGGGACAAUCCCUUUUCUGGUUCGUGGAAAGGCAGCUUCAUGUCUACUCCCAAUCUCGACAAGUCAUCGCUAGAUGCCAUGGAUCCAUAUGGCGUGACAGGGACUUGGUAUCGAAUUGUUUGUUUUCUUGAUUACAAUGACUUCUUCAGCUACAACUUCACCAAUCCCGAACGCGAUGAAUCCCCUCUUCAUACUCUCGACGUUGGGGAAGCCACCCGUCUCAUCAUCAUGAGGAUCCACGUUACCAAGAUUGAACAACCCGGGCCGGAUUCGGAAUAUUCUUCAGAGCUGCCAAUUGUACACUAUGAAGGCAUCUCUCGCCCACUUGACGAUUCGUGGGAUGACAAUGCAUCUUCAGAUUUGCGAGGAACCGUUGGCUUGACUAGGGAGGGCGAGGUGAGAUGGACGUCGGUGUCUAUUUUCCAGGGGCAAGAGAGGUGGAAAAGUGAGGGGGUGCAGAUUGGUGGGCCGCGAUCUGCUCGUGGCGUGAUAGGAAAUUGGUUUGACAGGUGA